AUGUCCGUCGUCGUCGUCGAUCGCUCCGCGUACGUCUUAGUGUUGAACGCGCGUAAACUGAACGACUGGUACGACGUGCGUCACAACGUCGUCCGUCGACGCGUCGCCUUGAGCGUCGUCGACGGAAACGCGAGCGGUGCACAAAGAUUCGUUUUGAUCGCUCGGGAUCACCACGUUGACAUCGAUUGGCGCGUAGGCGACGUGUACUACGUCUCGUGCGCGAGGUGCGUGACGGGCGAGCGCGCGAAGACGGUUUCGGUACAAUCGGAGUCGACGGUUCGACGAGCGGCCACGGCGGAGGAGGUGAUCAGUGGUGGCGGACUCUUGGGGGCGGCGUUGAAGCGCGCGCGAGAGCGCGACCGCGGCGGAUGGUUCGGCGACGCGAGAGUGGAUAACGCGAUGGCGUUGAUGCGAACUGUGCGCGCGGUAAAAUCGAAAGGGUUGAUCGAGCUCGUGCGCGUGGCGACGGAGCGAAGGGAGGUGAACAGAAGAGAGAGCUUUGGAUCAGCGACGUACACGGAUUCAGAGCGAUUGGAUCCGAGAGAGCGAACGCGGUUACACUUUUUGGGUAGGGUGACACGAGAGGAGGUGCGUAGGUCGUCGUGGAGACCAGAGGGGCGACUAAGCUUUGGAGAUGAUGAGAGUGAUGGAGAACAGUACGCGCGCAGAGUGGUUUGGGCGAGGCAGACGAAAGGCGGACGUGAGACACGGAUUCAUCUUCCUCCAGCGAAGGACGCGACGGAACGCGCCAGAGCGUCGAUCGUUGGGGAUGUUUUGGACGUCCGGAACGCCAUUGUACGAUGGAACGCGAAUACCGGGACGUGUGAGCUGGUGUGCGACGCGAGAAGAUCGACUUGGCGCACGCUCGGUGAAGACGAUUCUCGCAGAGCGGAGGUCAUCGCUCGGGUGCCGGAAUCAGAGUUUUCUCGCGAGCUCCCGUUCAGUGAUUUGGCGAGUGCGAUGCGUGGAGAAUUUACCCUUGGCAACGUUUCUUCGUUGAUUAUUGUCUUCGAUGCAACAGUAAAGUGGUUGGAAGUGUGCGCCGACGGUGCAAACACGAGGAGACGUGUACCUCCCGCGCUCGUCGCAUCUGACGUGCCCAGAAUGACUUGCUUCGCGUGCGACGCGUGUUCUCGAGAGCUCAACGCCGACACGAACGGUGUGUACAAAUUGUGUCAUUGUGACGAGAGUGGUCGGGGAGUGUUCACCUGGCGCGAGAUCACGCUUGGUCUGCAGAGUGGAGACGACGACGAUGAACGCGUGGUGGAAGCGCGAGUACUUGGAGACGUUGCACAGAAGCUCUUGCUGAACGUCGACGCCGGCACAGUGCUCGGGAAAGAUUCGAGCGCGUUAACGAUCGAUUACCCAACGAUCGUUUGUUGCGCUGUGAACGCGCUUGCCGUCGGGCGCCGCAACCGAACGCUGCGAUGGAGCGCCCGUUUUCCAGUUCUCGACGAAAAUGGCAUCCCAAGACGAAACGGGAUCGAUCUAGUGAACUUUGAAAUCUAG